AUGACUUCGUUCAAACCCAAAAACAUCCUGCUCUUCGGCGCCACCGGGAACAUUGGCUCCUACAUUUUAGACGCCAUUCUUGCCGCACGGGAGGAAUUCGACCGGGUCGCUAUCUUCACUUCGCUGGCCACCGCGGCUGCCAAGAAAGAUUUCCUGGAUGAUUUGAAACGCUCCAAGAAUGUUGAGGUACUCGUCGGGGACUUGCAGCAGGAUGAAGAUGCCGUGAAGAAGGCGUACGAAGGAAUUGAUACCGUCAUCUCGGCUUUGGGUCGGGGCGCAAUAGCUUCCCAAAUCCCUCUCAUCCGUCUCGCCGACGCCUCUCCUACUGUGAAAUGGUUCUUCCCCUCCGAAUAUGGCACCGAUAUUAAGUACUCCCCUGCGUCGGCGCAGGAACAGCCGCAUCAACAGAAAUUAAAGGUACGGGCAUUCUUGGAGAAUGAGAACCCCACCGAAGGGACGGUAUCCGAUUUAGCGUACACGUAUGUCGUGACAGGCCCAUAUUCCGACAUGUAUGUUCAUUUUGCUGGUAAUCCGAUCGCGGGUGGGUGGGACGUGAAGGGCAAGAAAGCGACCCUGCUAGGAGAAGCUGGCAGCGCGAGGGUGAGUUUGACCACGAUGACAGAUGUUGGAACGCUCGUGCUGGCGGCGUUACGACACCCCUCCGUGGCUUUCAACCGCGCACUCAAGGUCAAUUCAUUCACCACAACACCGGCCGACAUUCAUGCCGAGUUUGUGCGUCAGACAGGUGGCCAGCCGUGGCCUGAUGUUCAGUACACCUCGCUCUCCCAAUUGCGUGAGGCGGAAUCCGAGCCUGGACGGCAGGCAAACCCGACGCGACGGUACUGA